CCCGACUGAAGGACACGCACACCCGAAGGUUCAAAGGUGUCCACCUUGAGCCGAUGGGGUCCUCUGCUGCUCGGGCCCUGCUGUCACUCAUAAGUGCACAUCACUUGCGAGUGAGUGCGGAGGUGAGUGCGGGAGCUUUGCAAGCAGAGGAAGCGGAAGCUUCCGACUGCUAUGCCAUUGAAACUGCCAGCCGCUGCUGCGGCAGUGGCUGUGGUUGGUGCUACCGAGAACCUGACCAGCGAGGGAUUUGCGUCUCCUGGCUGCUGUGGUCUGACACACGCUGCCAUGAGGACGCCUAUCCCGGGGAAUGCCCCGCCGGCGUGCCUCCCAAAGACCUGCUGCGGGUACACGAGGCCGACGGGUCCCAGUCGCGCUUCGACGUCUUCCUGCGCUCCGUGGCGUUGCAUCCGACGCCCGCGGCGGGCAUCGGGUGCUUGUACGAGCGUGUGAUCCUCACGCGGGCGCCGGACCAGUUUCGCCUGCGCCUGGGCCUCUGGGAGGAGCUGAGGAGCAGCGUGCAAUCAGGGCGCUUCGCGAGCUGGAGCCCGCUGCUGGUGGCGAACCGUGGCCUGGUGGACGGCGCCCAUCGCAUGGCCGCAGCGCUGUACUUGGGGCGGAAGGUCUACAUCCAAUGGGCCCCCGAAGGAGGGAUUGUCAUCGAAUCCGAGUACUUCGACGGGAGUCCCUUUUUCCAGCACUGGGAGAUGGACACUUUGCGGCGGAUGUAUCAAGGCUUCAUGCAGGGCUCCUCCACGAGCCUGCGGCAGUUCCUGCAGACCUGGGAUGAAAGCGAAAGCCACGAGAGCGGCGCGGCGUCGGACUGUGGGCAAGUCAUCCGGAUACCUCUGGUGCUGUGGCCCACCUUGGAGCCCCAGUUCGAGACCGCUGUGUCCGCAAUGCGCGAGACCAUGAAGAGAUACAAGAUGGGAGCGGUGGACGAGGUGGCGGACUACCACUUCGGCGCCAGCUUCCCGGAGAUGGUGCGUGCGAUGUAUGCCUCCGACGACAUCGCCGCGGAGAAGAUCGAGUUCAAGCUCCGGGGCAUGCGCGCGUCCCUGGGCAGCGACGAGCUGCUCAACGGCACCACCCGCGUGGUGUGGCUCUUGCUGCCUAGCAGGGACACUUUCGCCAAGAGCAACGGGAAGCUUGCGCACAAAGGCCUCUCCGAGAUCAAGGAGUCGCUGCGGGGGCGCUUCAAGACGGAGGUGAAAAACUACGUCUUCGACAUCAUCUGCCAUGGCGCGGACAACCAAGAGCAGGCGGACUUCAUCGCCCAGAUCCUGGCACACUGGCCCCCGCAGUUCAUCUUGGGCGGUGCCUUCGAAAGUCUGCGGCGACUGUCCAACCCCAGCCCGACGGCGUGCCAAUUCAAGGAGGAGGAAGAAGGCGGGUUCAAGGCCUACGACCUCUUCGAGGCCUUGGAACAGUGGGAGGUGCCUCUGUCUGAGGUGCUGGUGGUGGGCUCUGGAACCUUCGCCAUGCUGCCGUCCAAAGAGACCGGGCAAUGCCUGCCCUCCAACCGGGAUGUAGACCUGGUCCUGUCGGAGGAGGCGCGUGCGAGACUCGGCGACCGCGAGCUGUCGCAGAAGGUGGAGGCGAAGCCUCACGGUUUCCCCGACCACUACUCCCACUACUUUCACCGCCGCGGAACUGCUUGCAACAUCACCCGAGCGGAGCUGCUGCAGGAUCGCGGGCGCUGGACCCUGCUGCGGCGCUUCCCAGCCGCGGGCGCCGCGGGCGCGGCUUCGGAUGCCGCGGAGGUCGCGCACACGCUGCGCGUGUGGCGUCCGGAGCUGCACUUUGCCAGCCUCUGCUUUCGCCACAACGAGCGAGAUGUGAAGCUGUUGCAUCGCAUCAACGCGGAAGAACUGCUCUCUCAGGCCAUGCUUCGGAAGCUGCCCUGUGACGUUCCUAUGGAGUAUUGCCUCUCUCUCUGAGCGGAGACUCGAGAAGGGCAGCGCUGAGAGGAAGUUUUCGGCGCAGGGCCUAAAUUGGCCCCUAGUCAUUGCCAGACUUGGCGGACCUUUUUGACUUUUCACCUUUUGGAGUCAAGAUCAUGUGGAUGGACGAAUGAUA